AUGAAAACAGAUAAUUCUCAAUCACAGAAUAAUCUUUAUCUUGAAUAAUUUCCAUCUUUUUAUAUCUUUAGUAUUAAUUAACUCAAGAUAAAACUAAUAAUUUAUGAUUUAGAUGAAGAUAUUUAGAAUCUUAAGAGAGAGAACCUUGAAUCAAAGUUUCAACAACAAUAGAGCUCUUUAAAAAAAUAACAGAGACCCAAGGAAUCCCGUUAAUAAUAUUCUUUCUAGGUUGGUUAAGUGACUUAUGAACACUUUUGUAAGCUGAACUCUUAGAGUACUAACUAUGCUGAACUCACUAUGGAUUAUGAAUAAACUGUUUUUAGAGGAAAACCUUUGUACAAAAAGUUCGUCAGAAUUAUAAAAGGUUACUUGAGGAUAAAAUUAAAUAUACGCACUAAAAGAAAAUAUAAGAUAGAGAGAAAUAGAAGAAAUGGUGUUGAAUAUGUUAUCACUAUGUACCUAAUUUCUGAGAAAAAUAUGAACCAAGACUCAUUUGAAAACAGUUGCUAAAGAAAUUUGUUAUUUUGA